UUUAAAUAUCAGAAUGCUCGAUAAUAAUAAGAAUGCAUUAAUGAGUUGUAGUGCAUUUAAAGAGAGUGGAGUAUUGAAGGGAUGGGGGGAAAGGCUUUUGAUAUAUGAUUUGAUAUAAUAGGUAAGGGCUUGAUAUAUAGAGAGAUACUCAGAUAUAUUGACGUCAAGGGUUAAACAUAAAAGUAGCUGUUAAUUCAAAAUUAUAUAAUCCAUCCUGUUGCAUUUCAUCAAGGGAAAUGGGCAAUAAAGUUAAAGACUUAAUAGGAAAUAGAGCCUAAAGUGGUACGAUUUGGUUGGAAUAAUUAAUCUGACGCAUUAUAGUGGUAUGAUUUUUUUAAUGGGAAAUACCUGGCAAUACAGAUAAAAAAAGAGAACAAAGAAAAAAAAUUAUAGGAAUGGGAUUAAUUUAUGCCAGAAUCAGAAAGAGUGAUAAAUUAAGGAGUUCCUUUAAUGGCCAUAAAACCAAGUUAGGUUUCUCGAAUGAGGUAGAUGAUUCCAUUACUGCCUUAAUUUUUAUAAGUAAAUAGUAAUAUAAAUAUAAGAAUGACAUUGAAAUAAUAUUGUAAAACACUCAUGAAAAUUUGUAAGGUUUUUCAGAUAUCCAUUCAUUUAAAGUCUUAUUUCAAUCUUAGAAUAAAUAACUUUAUUAAGACCCAAAUGAUUCUUUGCAUAUGAGAUUCUUUUUAAAAUCAGAAAUGCCUCCUGCAAGAAUUUUUGAUGUAAUGAUGGUGUUUUGAUAUUAUAGGAAUUAUCUAUACACACAUUUGUUGAUAAUUGGAAUCCUUAAGUAUCCAUUUAUUAAGUAUACCCAACCAAAAAAGAUUGUGCAAUCAUAUACACAGAAUUUGAUAUGGAUUAAAAGUAGUCCAGUAACCAAUUAAAAUAAAAUAAGCCGAGAAGUUUAAAAGAUAUAGAAAAUGAGUUUUUUUCAUAAGAAACUUUUUCUAAAUAGUCAAAGUCACACACACCAAAUUAAAAUGAGAAAAUCAGAUUAAUUUACACACAAAAACAUUUUUAAAUAGAUGAAAAUUCAUAUUGCAUUUUAAAGAAAUAUAUUGGAAAUGAAGUUCAUCAUAAUUAAAUUGAUAAAGAUAAAGUUGAAGGUACAGAUGAAUAUAAAAUCACUCGAUCUUGUGUUCUUAUCUAAGCUAAACAUGAAGAUAAGUUUAAAACUUAAAUUAUUGAAGAUGUAUAUUUGGAAUGUGAGAACAGAGAAAAAGGAGAAGAAGUUAUGAAAAGAUUUCUCUUGAAUUUAGAAAACAUUGAUAAUCAAAUCCUUGAAGCUGAUCAUUAUAUUAAAUAAUAGACAGAACAUGUACUAAUUAAAAAUGAGGAUGAUGACAUUGAUAAUUUGUUAAUAUCAUUUAUUCAUUUAGAGCCUGAAGUACUGAGGAUUACUUCAGAACAACAUUAAUAAUAAUCAAUUUAAGAAUAUAAGGAAAUUUAAGAUUUGAUUUAAACAGGACAAUUUAUCUAAAGAUCAAUUUAAAGGUAAUUUAAUCAAAGUAUUCUUUCUGGUUUAGACAAAUUCUUAGAAACAACAAAAGAAGAUGGUCAUUUUUUACUGACUAAAUAUUAUGAAGUCGAUCCAAAAAAAGGAGGAUUGAUAUAUACAAAUAAGAAAUUAAUAAGUGAUCAAAGAAGUGUUUUAUUGGAUAUAAUAAAAAGGAUGGGAUCAAAUUUAUUAAGUGGAAAAUCAUUAAUGUCAGUCUCAUUACCUAUCUAAGUUUUUGAAGCAAGAUCAUUUUUAGAGAGAAUGGCUAGAGCUUAAGGACAUGCUCCUGUUUUUUUAGAAAAGGCUGCCUAAACUACAGAUGUUUUAGAAUAAUUAAAACUAACUGUUGCAUUUCAUAUAUCUAGUUUCAUGAUGGGUGUUUAAUAAGAAAAACCAUUCAAUCCAAUCAUUGGAGAAACAUUUGAAGGUAGAAUUAAAGGAUGUCCUAUUUAUUUAGAAUAAACUUCUCAUCAUCCUCCUAUUUCCAAUUACAUUAUGUAUGGUAGAGGUUAUAAGUUAUUUGGUGCAUUCUGCCCUUUGGUUAAUAUGGGAACAAAUAGUUUGGCUGGUGAAUAAUAAGGCCAUUCUUAAAUACAUUUCUUUAAUAAUAAUCUUAAGUUCUAUUAUAUGGCAUAACCAUUUAUGCUUUAUGGAGUUUUAUUAGGUUAAAGAAGUGUUAAUUGUCAUAAAAGGAGCUAUUGUUUUUAGCCAGAAAAUUAGUUAUUAGUUGAAAUCACUUUUAAUCCUAAAGAUAAAAAUGCUGGCUUCUUUAGUUCUUCUUCUUAAAAAAUAGACUAAUUUAUUGGAAAAGUUUGUAAAGUCACUCCUGAAUGCAUUUAAAAAUGUUUGAAAGCUCACAAAACUAAUUCAGGCAUUAAAUUAAAAAUUUUACCUUAAGAAAUUUUAGAUACUUAUAAUAUUAAUAUUAAGGGUAGAUGGACUUCAUUUUUACAAUUUGAUAAUAAUACUUAUUGGGAUAUCGAAAUUCAUAGGUACUGAUUAUUACUUAUUUAGACCUUAUAUUCUCGAGUUGGAAUCAAAUCCUUUACCUUCUGAUUGUCUCUACAGAUUGGAUUUAUUAUAUAUGAAAAUGAAAGAUAUAUCUAAGGGAUAAGAUGUAAAAGAGUAGAUGGAAGUUGAUCAAAGAAAGGAUAACUAACUAAGAGAAAAACUUGGAAAUAAAAAUAAAAAGAAAAAAAAAUCAAAUUGACUGUUG